AUGGCGGAGAAGAAGAAUGUGUUGCUGGUCGGGGCUGGCGGCGUCGGCACCAUGGCCGCUGUGAGCCUGGAGGCUAGCGGCCGAGCUAGCGUAACCGCUGUCCUACGCUCCAACUUUGCCAGUGUUUCCGAGCACGGAUUCAAUAUCGAGUCGGUCGACUAUGGCAGCUUGAAAGCUUGGAAGCCAACCAACAUUGCGAAACAAGUCCCCGACGUGGCGCAAGACAAUCUGCCGCCAUUCGACUACAUUGUUGUGGCUACCAAGAACUGCCCGGAUGUCGGUCCCGCCGUCGAGGAAAUCAUCGCACCGGCGAUCACGCAAGGGCACACGGUGAUUGUGCUCGUGCAAAACGGUCUCAAUAUUGAGAAGCCUCUGAUCAAGACUUUUCCACAAAACGUGGUUUUAUCUGGCAUUUCCCUAAUCGGAGUCGCCGAAAAGGGACACGGAAAUAUUAUUCAUGAUUAUCACGACGAGUUGAUCGUGGGCGCAUUCAAGAAUCCCAAUAUCGGCCCAGACACCGCCCGCGCCGCAGCCGCCGAGUUUGUGGAGAUUUACAGCACCUCUGGCAAAGUGGCAUGCGAGCACAAUGAAAACGUCGAUUUCGUGAGAUGGAGAAAGCUCAUUUACAAUGCAUCAUUCAAUCCAAUUUCCACAAUUACAGGCAUGGAUACUACGCGCCUGAGGCUGGCCAAAACACCCAUCGAGACCCUCGUCAAGCCCGCCAUGCGGGAAAUAUGGAAUGCAGCCAAAGCCGCAGGUCACGAUAUCCCCGAAGAGCACAUUGAGAAUACGAUCCACAUUGAUCCGCUCGAGGUUUACUGCAAACCGAGUAUGCUUCAAGAUGUAGAAAAGGGUAACUAUAUCGAGUACGAGAAUAUCCUCGGGGAGCCAAUCAGAGAGGCAGAAAAGCUCGGUGUGCCCAUACCUACACUGAAGACCUUGUACGGGCUGUGUGCUGCGCUUCAAUGGAAAACCAAAGAGGCGAGAGGCCUGAUUGAGCUGGAAGGCUCGAAUCUAGUACCAAAUGAGGGGUAA